AUGAUCGUGUCUUCGAUGUACAUACAACCAUAUGUGACACCUUACAGCUUCUAUUACGUUCCACAGAAUCCAAAUGAUCAACGACCUUAUGCUUAUCGAUCGGUACCUAUGGAACAUCAUGUAGUAUCGAUUCACAAACAGACGUAUAUUUUCGAUAGAAAACUUGCAACAAGGAGGUUUAGUUCCGUCUAUACUGCACGUCGACGUGUCGAUAAUAAACCAGUGGCUAUCAAAGUUUUCUCAUUCGUAGGUCAUAACAAUAGGGAAGUAUCGAUGAUCGCCCAGUCGUUUAUGAACGAAAUUCGAAUGACUAGGCAUUUAGUUGGCCAAUCGAAUCAUAUUAUAUACUCACAUGAUUUCGAUUUUCAUAAUACAGGUCUGUCUUUCAUUGUAAUGGAACUGGGCCAGCAAGAUCUGGAGAAAUAUCUUUCACAACGAUCGACAAUAUCAUCGACAGAAAGGAAGGUGAUAUGGAGACAAUUAGUCGCUAUUGCUACUGUGCUUCACAACUCUCAAAUAAUACAUUUGAAUAUUUCACCCGAUAAUCUCAUUGUGUUCUAUGGAAAUCUCAUAAAAUUAACCGACUUUGGCAUGGCGCAAAAAGUAAACGAACCGGGAACUAUUACACAUGGUACUCCGCCUUACUCUGCUCCCGAGCUGACCAUUGUUUCGAGACAUAAUGUGCCAAAUAUCACAAGCAAGGCAGACAUCUGGUCGUUGGGCGCGAUUCUUUAUCGCAUGACUUAUAUGACACCGCCUGAUUACAUUGAACCAUGCCAUCGCCCUCUGCCGCAUCAAAAUCCAGUACAAGAUUCGCAUCUUCUCAGUGUGCUUCGUCAUACACUUUUGAUCGAUGCAAGAGAUCGAGCGGAUGCGUCCUGGUUAACAAAACAUCCUUACACAACGACCACGUAG